UCCUCAGUGUUUCAGCGUGACCUCUACUGCAGUUAAAAACACUAGUGUGCGGAGGCUGUGUUCAUUGAUUUUUGACGAUGUAACACAUCUUCAUGUUACGGUGAUAAGGUGAAGGAGAAACCCUUUCAUUUUGUAAACAUCGCACUAAGGGCUUAUGUGCUCCUCGCCGUUAGAUUCCCGACGAGGGCUGCUCGGUGUUGCCAGGGAAGAGUCCUUUUCAGCGGCACUGCAUAAACAUGGGUGUGAUUGGUGUGCAGCUGGUGGUUACCAUGGUAAUGGCCAGUGUAAUUCAAAAAAUCAUACCUCAUUAUUCCUUCGCAAGAUGGCUACUUUGCAGUGGCAGUCUGCGGUGGUAUCAGCACCCUACGGAAGAUGAGUUGAGGAGCUUAGCAGGGAAACAAAAAGGACAGAAGAGGAAAGACAGGAAAUAUAAUGGUCAUAUUGACAACAAGCCUUUAACAGUUCCAAAGGACAUAGACUUGCAGCUGGAGACUAAAUGUAUCACAGAAGUGGACACGUUAGCGUUGCACUACUUUCCAGAGUUCCAGUGGUUGGUGGAUUUCACGUUGGCGGCGACUCUGGUGUAUCUGAUUACGGAGGCGUACUACAGCUUGGCCCAGCCCUCUACGGAGAUGAACAUCAGUGUGGUGUGGUGCCUCCUCGUCCUCGCCUUUGUCAUUAAAACCCUCUUUUCAAUCACAACACACUACUUCAAAUUGGAAGAAGGAGGCGAGCGCUCUCUCUGUAUUACAUUUGGUUUCUUCUUCUUUGUUAAAGCGAUGGCCAUCCUCAUAGUUACUGAAAACUACUUGGAGUUUGGUCUGGAAACAGGUUUUGAAAACUUUUCUGACAGUGCUCUACGGUUCCUGGAGCAUCAGGGCUUGGACUCACAGGGUCCAAUAUCUAAACUCACAUUUAAACUCAUCUUGGCGCUGCUCUGCUCUCUAAUCGGAGCAUUCCUAACAUUUCCUGGUCUGCGUUUGGCUCAGAUGCACCUGGAUGCUCUCAAUUUGUCUCAUGACAAAUUUACACAGACUCUGCUUCAUAUCAACUUCUUAUCACCGCUCAUCAUGGUCUUAUUGUGGGUGAAGCCCAUAACGAAGGACUACAUAAUGAACCCCACUUUGGGAAAGGAGAAUGUGCCUUUAAUGACUGAGCAGGCGUUUGAUACUCUGAGACUGUGGGCCAUCAUUGGGCUCUGUGCUCUGCGGCUCGCUAUGAUGCGCCACCAUCUGCAGGCCUACCUCAACCUGGCCCAGAAAGGAGUGGAUCUGAUGAAGAAGGAAGCGGGCCGCAUCAGCACUGUGGAGCUGCAGAAGAUGGUUGCGCGUGUUUUUUACUACUUGUGUGUAAUCGCACUACAGUAUGUGGCUCCAUUAAUAAUGUUGCUCCAUACUACAUUGCUGCUAAAAACCUUAGGUGGACACUCGUGGGGGGUCUACGCUGAAGAGGAGCUGCCUUGCACCCAUGACUUGAACUCUGGUGCUGCUGUUUCGGCGGCUGCAGACCCCAUGGGGCCCACAGCGGACGCUGUGUUAGAGACUGGAGCUCGUGCCUCUGUAGUUCAGCUGUCUGUUGCUUUGGGAGGCUUGAGGACUGUGUUCAGCCCAUUGCUUUUCCGGGGCCUUUUCUCCUUCUUCACUUGGUGGAUCGCUGCCUGUCUGUUUUCCACAUCCCUCUUUGGGCUCUUUUACCAUCAGUACCUAAUGGCAGCAUAGCACCAGCAGCCUGAGGACAAUCCAAGACACAAAGGCUUGUAUUGGGGGCAGUGGAGACCAAAUAUUCAACCUUCAACUGCUUCACUGACCAAGACUGACCAUAUCACUGGACCCAUCGGUUCAACUACAGUGCUUCCUUCAGACUUGUUUUUAUGGCUGCUCCACAUCAUUUUGGAGUUUGAUUGAAAAUUUAUACAUUUACAAGUUAGAUUUACUGUAAGUCUCCGAAUGGUGCCAGUGGUUAUGGCACUGUUCCAAAAGUCAAGUUUUUAUUUGACAUCUUAAGUGCUGAAUGAAAUUAAUUAAUUGGUGUCAAACAUGCAAUUACUGUGUGAUUGGAAAUAAUUUAAUAUAACAUUGUUUCAAAAUAUGUUAGUUGAUUAUUUUUGACAUUUUUCAUCCUUUGUGUAUGCACAUUAUGGGACCAAAACAUUGGGAUAAUUAUUCUGGGACAUUAUAAAUUCUUAAUUGUAUUACCAAGUUUAUUUUGUAUAAUUUUUCACAUUUCGACUUUUAUCUGUCAAAUGAAAAAUUAGCACAGUGAGCAAGUGCCCUGUGGUCAAAGUCUAUUUAUCAAUCGCCUACAUGGUCAGAGAAUGGACUCCCAUUAGAGUAAACGGCCUCCAACGAGUGACUGAUCCUUGCCAUAUAUUGUGUUCUUAUAGAUUUCUGCAUUUGUAUGUGUAGAUUUACCUGAGCCAUUUGGAACAUAUUUGGAGAGGAGGAUUUAAACUCUUGAUUUAAAGGGAUAGCAGUGUUUAGGCUGGGGGCAUUGUCAACUUAAGAUGAUGUCCUACAUAUUGUGAAGUUAACGCCUUUUUAUUUUGACCCAGAAGUUGCUUUUUACAGCAGCUGUUUGAAUUAUGUUUUGUGAUUUUCAAAUGGUGCCAAGUGUGAAUGUUUGUCUGGAUUUUAAUGCGACUGUUGUCUCAGUUCUUUCAAUGUUUCAUGUUUUGUCAUACAGUACGCACACAAAGCCCAAUGUCUGCUCACGUGAAGAAUGUAAGACCAUAAGCUGAACAGACAUGGAUCAGGCUAAAAAAGACCACCUAGUCUUGCCCCGUAUGCAACAGACUGAUCUGAUGUUGUGACCCAAGCUAUCGAAACCAUCAUUUAUGUCUUUGGUAAUUUGAACAACAACUUAAACCUCAAUAUCAGCCUUUACUUCACAUCAACUGUCUCAAGAAAGGUUGUGGUGAACCAUCGUAACUGACUGCACACGCCAAACUAGAAGAGGAUGUUCAGGCAUACAUAUAUUUUUUCAAUAUGCAAAAUCAAAUGACAGGUUUCUACGUAAACUACAGGUUAAUUAUUUUAGUUGUUACAAUCUCCAUCCCUGUUGACGCAUAGGUCACACUUAUGGCAUCUGACAAUUUCUUUGCAUUUUUUUCAAUUAGUGACGACAUUCAACCAGUACAGCAGCACUGUAUCACAUUUCUAAGUCUUAUCUUGUUUGUAUGUCUGGGUAAUAUGCACAUAAUGAAUGUAUUAAUUCAAUCUAAUUUUUCAGAUUCUUUACAAUGUUAUGUUCAGCGUGUUGACCUGCACUUCCAACUCUCGUCUACUACCUGCUAAAUGUGUUCUAGGGAAUCUUUAUUGGAACAUGUGGGGCAUGAAAGCUUUUCUGAUGAUUUUGAUGUUUGUGUUGACCUUAAUCAUUUGUUACUGAUCCUUUUCUGAUUAACUUGUUUAAAUUAUUGGAGAAGUAGCUGGCAUACUUUGCCUUUAAUGGCCCAGCCGGGCGUAGAUCCGUUCAUCACCACAAAGUGUUUUUGUUCAUUGUUGAUUUCAUGAAGUAACACACUGUUCUCAUUUAUUUAUUUCUGUUUUAGACUUUUAAAUAAAUUAUCUUUUAAAUUACA